AUCGUAGUCCUAAUUCAAUCAAUUGGAGUUUUAUAUGAGUCAGCUCUCCAUAUUCAGUAUCACUGACCUCGAUAACCUUUACCGCCUAAGCAAAGAACCGCCGCAUCGCAGACUAAAUUAAGCCACAAUCUAGCUACACAUAAGAUCAGUAUCAUUUAGUGCGUGACAAGAAACAGUUGGCGAAGCAAUGGUACUUCUGAAAAUCUUUGUAUUUUUGUUCGGUGUCGCAGCCACAGUGGGCUUUCAACCUCUUGUGGUCAUCCCAGGAGUAGGGCGUGUUGCAGGGACGAUUGGAUCUACGGCAUGGAGUAAACGCCCGAUUAUUCAGUUCCACGGGAUUAAAUAUGCAGAAUCUCCGAAUGGACCAAAUCGGUUUCAACCUCCUGUGAAAGCUCAUCCCUGGGGACACGUCUACGAUGCCUCCAAACCAGGUCCAGCGUGCCCGUCAUUCAAAAACAUGGUAGAAGAUCCUGGGAGAGAUGUUGAAGAUUGCCUAACUUUAACGAUACAUACACCAGCGUUGACCGGACGAUUUCCAGUAAUGUUCUACAUUCACGGAGAAUUCUUCUUCGAUGGAAGCUCUGAGGAAGCCCAGCCAAACUAUUUACUGGAAAAAGAUGUUGUCUUGGUGUCUGUCCAAUACCGAUUAGCUCCAUUUGGAUUUUUAUCAACACGUUCAGCAGAGAUUCCUGGAAAUAUGGCCGCAUUGGACGUGAUUAUGGCGUUGGAAUGGGUAAAAACUAAUAUUCCAUUCUUCGGCGGUAACGGCGAUGAAAUUACAAUUUUCGGACAAGGAUCUGGUGCUACGCUAGCGCACUUGCUGAUGAUAACACCUGUGAUAGAGCAACCAAUUUUCCGUCGGGUUAUCUUGCAAUCUGGAUCCAUGUUGAGCCCUUAUUUCAUCAAUGAGAAUCCUUUUGACCAUGCUAUGGAUAUUGCUUACAAGGCUAAUUGUACUCGAGUGAAUACAGUGGAAGGAGUCAAUAAUUGUCUAGUGCGCCUUCCAGCUAGUAAAUUAAUAGCGGCUUUUGGGGAGCAUGCUAAAUCCAAGGAGAAGGAUGGAAUAGGUCGUUAUGGUGGUUUUCAAUGGACUGUCGAUGAUUUCUAUGGCGUUCUUCCGAUGCAUCCCGCACGGCUGGUUCGCGACACAAAUCGCUUCUACUACCCGAUGAUUGGUGGUGUAACGAAAAAUGUGGGAAGUUACUUUUUUACUCGCCAAAUUUUGAAACGUUUACAUCAACCCAACCACAUCAAGGUGGAUGUCGAAGAUAUUUUAGAAGUUGUCCUGAAACAUACUAUCGGCGAUGAUGACUUUGGAAUUUGGAAAACCCUGGCGGCCGAAAAUCUCUUUGAUGUAGAACAGAUUGAAAAUUCAACACUGGCUGCCCUAGAAGCAGGUUUAAUUGAUCUUUUAAGUAACAUUCUCUACAAAGGACCUGUCCUACAAGCAGUUCAGAUGAACUCCAAGCUCCUUCCCAACGACACGUAUCUAUACACGUUUGACUAUAAAGGUCAAUAUUCUCGAUAUCCGAAUCAAGGUACGAGGCAUUAUGGAGUAUCCUUAAGUGACGACAACCUCUACUUGUUCCCUUAUCCACCGGAGGCUGCUCGAUUGAAUCCAGAAGAUACCGAAAUGGCUCAAACUAUGGUUGAUUUGUGGACAUCGUUCGCUAUAACUGGGGUGCCUGAAUCUGACGAAGUUGAUGACUGGCCAUCAGUGGCCAUGGUUACUGGGCCUUAUUUGAGCAUAGGUGAAGACGAUAUAGUUCGAUUUGAUUUUACUGAAGAGAUGACAAGGACGAAUCAAGAUUUGCAGAGCUAUGAUUAAGAUGCAUCAAGUGAAUAAUGUGGAGCAAUUUUUUUGAUUUAGAUUUAUCAAUAAAGGAAAAUUUAUUUUUA